AUGGAUCGGCAUGGUUAUGCUGAUGAUAACCAAUUGUAUACCGCCAUUCAGCUGUUUCGGAAUGCAGCUGCUGUUCUGGACAAAUGCGCAAAGCUUGAGGUAUGUUUGCUAGCCAUUCAGGAUUGGUUAACCGCUAACUUCCUCAAGGGUAAUCCAUCGGAAACUGAGAUUGCUCUGUGCGGAACACCACAGCGCCUUCGCGCCCUUGGACUCGAGUCUCUCUCCAUAGCUGGGAUCAAUGUUCAUGUUGCGGAUGGUCCCGUUCGGAACCUCGGGGUCCUGUUUGACUCAUCACUGUCGCUGGCUUCCCAUGUUAGAGCUGUUGUCAGUUCUGCCAACUACCACCUCAGAAAUGUGGCACUUGCUCGCCACCUCCUCACAAAUAAAGCAACCAGGACACUGACUCAGGCCAUGGUGGUAUCACGACUGGACUAUUGCAAUAGUCUCCUACUAGGGGUAUCCGAGGAACUUGCCGACAAACUUCAAGUGGUCCAGAACAAUGCAGCUCGUUUGAUAACCCGUACAUCACGUAGGAAUCACAUCAGCCCGGUUCUAGAAGAUCUUCACUGGCUCCCCGUCCGUGCCCGUAUCGAGUUCAAGGUGCUAACUCUAGUCUACAAGGCGGUAAAUGGUAUUGCCCCUGAUUACCUGCAGGAUCUUUUGCAGUUAUACACCCCAUCGAGGUCACUCCGAUCAUCUGACAAGAACCUCCUAUCUGUGCCGCGUUCAAAGACUACAUCAUUUGGUAGGCGUGCCUUCAGUUUUCUUGCUCCCCAACUGUGGAACUCUCUAAGCUGUAAUCUACGGGACACUCAGUCACUCCUUGCUUUCAGGAACACUCUAAAGACGGUCCUAUUUCAGAAGUACUUUGCUCGCUAG